ACCGAGGAUACAUAAAAUCCUUUACCAAUUAGUCCUAAACCCUGUCUACGACCGCUAUUAUCCCAGCAGAAGGCCUAAUAGUCCCAGCAGUGCACCUCGCCGUUCGGUCCCAAAUCCCUUCAGUUCGCUGAAAGCUUGCGAGUACAAAUCUACAAUCCACAGGAUCUCUUCACCUGCUGUUCAUAGACGCGGAAGCCAAGAAAUCCAGGAACAUGGGAAGCAGACUCGGGAGAAGAGUUGUUCACUUCGCAAAUCUUCCAAUCAAGCUUCUUAUGCCUACCUCUUUUACCAACAUCACUGAAAUUGCUCUUAAAACCAUUCCUUCUGCUUCCAAAAUUGAAAUCAAGCGCGUCCUUGAGAGCCUUUACGGCUUUGAGGUCGAUAAAGUUCAAACUCUUAACAUGGAGGGGAAGAAAAAGAAGCGUGGAGGGAUUUUGAUCGCAAAGCCUGAUUACAAGAAGGCCUAUGUUACUCUCAGAAAUCCCUUGUCAAUAUCUCCGGACAUGUACCCGAUCCGCAUUAUAGAGGAGGAUAAGAGGAAUAUGAACAAGCAGUCUAAGUCCAGCAUUGUUGAGGAGGGCGAGGCAAAGAAGCAUUGGCUGCAUGAGAAAGAGCCUGUGGGAAUCAAAACUUACAAGGGUUUUGCUGAUAGAGGCCGCCGACGAAGUGGCGGUGGCGCUGAAACGGUUGAGCCAUCAACUAAAUUUCCUUGGAGUAGCAUGAGGUCUGGUAGGUAGUGGUAGUGUGAAGAAACGUAUCCAGUUACUUCCUAAUUGUCAUAUUUUGGAUUUUGUUAUCCUCAAAAUGAUAAUAGUGCAAUAGGUUGGUGAUGGCUUUGAGCUUACUGAUAGAUGUUUUAUUUUUUAACUAUGAAAUGAACUUCUUGGCCCUCUUAUGGGAUGUUUUGCUGGAGGAAGUUCUGUUUUGUUGCUUGAAUCAAUAAAUAAAUUAGAGUUGCAUUUGUAUUA